AUGAGUCAGAAACUUGAUGAUUCAGUUGAUACCCUGGAGGACGGUGAUGACUCGGAGCCUGAUUAUACUCCCGUUGAGCACCCUUCAGAGGCAACCCUAUCACCCGACUACACAUCGGUUGUGCUAGAGCUUCUUACUUCCGAUUAUGAGACCGAUGAGGAUGAGGAGGAUACUGCCACCUCACCAGAGACCUCACCACCCUUCCCCACUCCUUUAAAUUGGUCUCACAGGACAUUGACGGGUACUCUGGUGAAGCACACGCCGAGGAAGGUUGCUGCCACACCCUCACGGAAGAAGGUAGCGUCCCCACCAGCAUCACCACCGACAGCUAAGAAAUCCUGCGGAGAUGCUGUUUCGAUGUCCCAGAUUCAGGGUACAAGAGGAGGCUAUCAGAUCACGAUUCGAGGUGGGAGAGUCAUCCACUGCACCCCUACCCCGGACACCCUUGUGGAGCAGGCCAUCUCUCUUCUGGUGCCCUACACCGUCCAUCACUCAGACAUUAUUGGAGUUAUGGACAUUAAGCUCUUCUUAUUGAGGAUGGCCUUGAUUCAGCUCACGGAGAGGGUAAAAUAG